CUAAAAGCUCUCUUCUUUCUUGGUGAAAGUAAGACGAACUCGCGCUCGCGCUCGCGGUAAUCAAUCAUGGCGCCCACAUCAGGCUGCCGGGCUCAUGUAUAUACAGAUACACUCACCUCACCCACUCACCCACCAAAUUAGUUAGAGCUUUCUCUCUUCUCUUCUCUUCUCUUCUCUUCUCUUCUCUGCUCUCCACUAUCCAGGAACAGCAGGAGCAGGAAAAAGAAAAAGAGGAGGAAGAAGAUGUCGAUCAAGCACUGCGACAAGCACGACUGCGAGCGGCGGCGGCUGUACCGCCAGUUCUGCGCCGCCCUGGUGGCCGUCAUCCUGCUCAUCCUGCUCAUCGUCCUCAUCGUCUGGCUCGUGCUCCGCCCCACCAGGCCGCGCUUCUACCUCAACGGCCUCACCGUGGCGUGCCUCAACGCCACCUCCUCCCCGGCGUCCUACCUCACCGUGACGCUGCAAGCGACGAUCGCCGCCCGCAACCCCAACUCCCGCGUCGGCAUCUACUUCGACCGGACGGACGCCUACGCCGAGUACAAGGGGCAGCAGGUGACCGUCCCCACCGCGCUUCCCGUGGUGUACCAGGGCCACCUCGACGUGUCCGUGUGGUCGCCGUUCCUGGUGGGGUCGAACGUGCCGCUGGCCCCCUACCUGGCGGUGGCGCUGGCGCAGGACGAGACGGCCGGCUACGUGCUGCUCACGGUGCGGGUGGACGGCUGGAUCAGGUGGAAGGCCGGGGCCUUCAUCACCGGGCACUACCACCUCCGGGUCAGGUGCCCCGCCCUGCUCACCGUCAACGGAGGGCAGGGCAGCUACGGCUCCAUCGCCGGCGGCGGCGGGAACGGCUACUUCAACUUCCAGCGCGCCGCGCCAUGCGUUGUCGACGUCUGAACCCAACCGUUCUCUGAAAUCCAGAGCCCUUUUGGUUCUGCUGGGCCGUCCCUGAAACUAAUUAAGCUCUGCUCUGCUCGGGUAAAUACGUAUAGUACAAUGGAUUUUUGUGUCAUUUUGACCGUUCUUAAUUUUUUUUACGUACUUCUUUGAUGGAAAUAAAUCCAGGAAAUAUAGUAGCUAGGAUGGUAUAUUUAAGACGUAUUAAGGGGGAAAUAAGUCGUUGCUAGUGUUGUAUCUAUACAUGUAUACUUGCUUUUAAAAAAAGCAGAGUUUAAUCAGGGAGUAGGCGCAUGUGCGUUGUUGCAGUGUGCUGCUGUUUUUGGUAGAGCAAUGGAAGAUGUAAUGAUCUUCCCCUCUUUGGCCCUCUUGCUGUAUUGCGUUGGCAAAUAAUGAAAGAAAAUGUUAUCAUGGCCA